AUGGGCGUGUCAUAUGAUGGUGCUGUGAGGAGGGCUGCCCUUGAUGAUGGUCACUAUGAUGCUCCGAACUCUCUAGACGAUGCCCCUCGAUCGAAUGUCGAUUGUGAUCAUAGUGCGAAGAGUGGUCGUGUGACGAAGGAGGAUGUUGAAUAUGAUGCUGAUAUCGAGGGCGUUGUGAUCGGUAUGGCGAUUUUUGAUAGUUGUGAUGAUGCUGGUCAGAAUAAUAUUGAGUUGGUGAUGGUGGGGAAUGCGGACGAUAAUGAUGUCCAUGAGGCUCUGAUGCGUGACGAUGAUUACUAUUGUAGGCUGCAUGCUGAUUCAGAGCCUGAUCUAGACUCUGGUCUAGAUAAAGGUCCAGAUGGAGGAGCUGUUAUUGUUGUGUUACCCUUUACUUGUGAUGAGGACAACGGUCCCGGAGAUCGCGGACUUUUGAAGGAUGAGGAGGCUCUUUUGUAG